CUCAUCUCGACUUCCAUGUCUGGCGCUACGAAACGAAGCAGCGCAUCUCAAGGCGGGAGCGACAGGCGCAAGAAAAAAUACCGCUCUGAUGGGACCCCAAUCUGGGGCAAACGCUUUAUUGACGGACCGGGGAUCUGGGUAACUUGCGCGAAAGGCAAGGAAAAGCAAGCUGUCGGGGAGAUAUACGACCUGUUCAACACCCUGGGGGAAGAGAUGUGGCCCGAGAAACAAGACGCUGCGGAUACAAAGUCGGAUGAUGCCGAGGACGAGGAAGAGCUGAGCAUCGAGGCCCAGAUCGCGAAUGAAGUUUCUGCGAUGAAGAAACCGAAAGCGGAACAACGGUUCGCAAACUGCCAGACCAAUACCCCCUGCCUGAUCUUCAUAUCCUGCAAAUCACCGGUCGAUCCCGUCGCGCUCGUCAUGCGAUACCUGCAUGACGUCGCGAAAACGGGGAUCACGCACACGCGCCACUGCCUCCGCUUCUGCCCCGUCUCCGCCAGCUCGGUCACGAACAUGCCCGAAAUCGAGGCCGUCUGCCGCAAACUAUUCGAGCCCGUAUUCAAGGAGGAGAAAUUGAAGUACAAAAUCGAGCUCAAGAUGCGCAACCACACGACUAUCCCGCGUGACGCGCUGAUUGAAGCGAUCGCAAAAUGUGUUCCGGACGGCCACUCGGUCGACCUCAGUAACCCGGACGUGUUCGUCUUGGUCGAAUUGUUCAAGAGCGUGUGCGGUGUGUCGGUUGUGCGCGAAUAUAAUCGGUUGCACAAGUUCAACGUUGUCGAAAUCGCGAGUGCCCGCGCCAAGAAGGAGGAUGGGCCCGAGGAAACUUCGAAUAGAAUAGCAUCGUAA